GCACCGAGACACCCCCCCCACCCCCGUCCCUCGGGGGCGGCCCCGCGGAGCGCCGCUCCCUCCUCCUCCUCCCCCUUUAUUACCCUUUGUGUGCGUCUCCGCCUUCCUCCCCGCGCCCGGGGGGCCCUGAGAUCCUUGCUGACGAUGGUGGUCGCUGGAGGCAUCAAUAUUGAAGAUUAUCUCAUUUACAGACAAGAUCUUUGAAAUCCGGUCCCUUCAGGCAGCAAAGGAAGAAGAGGCUUUAUCGCAACAAAACGGGCAAAGAAACACAAACACUUGAAGAAACAGCACUUCUCCCAAUUCUUCCCAAAAGUCCAGAGCCCCACCAGAUCCUGGUGGAUUCCAGCCACCAGUCUUCCUGCUUGGAGGUAGAUGUAACACAGGGAGCAGGAAUUCCUCAGAUGAGGGGUGGGGGAAGCCCAGGAGCCACCUCGAUGGACAUAGGCCACUGUCGAGAGCACAACAGGAGACUGUCUAAAGCCAAGCUCAAAGUGCACCAAGAGUUUUAAGGAGCCUAAAGAUCCCCAAGAUAACCCCAAGCAAGACCAUGAGAAGCAAUGUAGCUUGGAAAGAACAAGAUGAACAGACCCACCUUCAAUCUGAUGCUUGAUGAGGAAAAAGGCUGUUUUAUUGGAGCCAAGGAGUCAUGAAAGAAAGCCAAGAAGACAACUUGGACAGCGAGCAGAAGAUAAAAAGCAAACAGAAAGAAUGUGGCAUACAAAGGGUGUAAUACCUGGAGGUAUCGGAGCUGACUCAUAUUUAUAAAAAAAAAAUGAGACGAGCUUUCACCAAGUACAAGUUCUCUUAAGCCAGUCCUCGAGCUGGGAGCCAUGCUGGGGAACUAGGAAUUCUCCUUUUCCCCCCUCCUCCUUUCUGGCAGGGAACGAAAGGAUUGGCGAAUUAUGAUUUGCCCAAGUCGGAAGCACUAAUUUUUUUUCCUCUCUAGAGUUCGUCCUUAUGAAUAGAUAAGGAGUUUAAACCUUGCAUAUUUAAUGUGGACUGUGGUGGGAAAGUGACUCGUUGAACCAAAAUGGCCACUGGGAAGGACUUGGUUUCAAACUGAGCUCGGAGCCUCCCGAUGCACUUUGUCCGAUUCGGGAUCAGCCGUGCUGCAGGGCCUGCUCUGGGAGGCCAGGAUGACAUGUAGGAGAAGGAGAUCCCCCUCCUGUUGAUAUCUCUGGAGACUCACGAGCAGAAACGGGAAAAUGAAUGGUGGGAAGGAGUGUGACGGAGGGGACACGGACGGAGGGCCACCAGCAGUGCAAGUUCCCGUGGGGUGGCAGCGGCGGGUGGACCAAAGUGGAGUUCUCUACAUCAGUCCCAGUGGGUCUUUAUUAUCCUGCUUGGAGCAGGUGAAGACUUACUUGCUGACUGAUGGAACGUGCAAGUGUGGCCUAGAAUGUCCUCUUGUUCUUCCCAAGGUGUUUAAUUUCGAUCCUGGAGCUGCUGUGAAGCAGAGAACUGCUGAAGAUGUCAAAGCAGAUGAAGAUGUCACCAAACUAUGCAUCCACAAGAGGAAGAUCAUUGCUGUGGCUACACUGCACAAAAGCAUGGAAGCACCUCAUCCUUCCCUGGUUCUCACCAGUCCUGGGGGUGGAACAAGUGCAACUCCAGUAGUUCCCACUCGAGCAGCAACUCCGAGAUCCGCGAGGAAUAAACCGCAUGAAGGAAUUACAAAUUCCGUGAUGCCGGAAUGUAAGACUCCUUUCAAGCUGAUGAUUGGGGCAUCCAAUGCCAUGGGGAGGCUGUACGUGCAAGAGAUGGCCGGGAGCCAGCAGCCAGAGCUCCAUCCUGUGUAUCCCAGGCAGAGGUUGGGGAGCAGUGAGCUGGGACAGAAGUCUCCGUACCGGGGCAGCCACGGCGGGAUGCCCAGCCCGGCUUCCUCGGGGUCGCAGAUCUACGGCGACGGCUCCAUCUCUCCCAGGACUGACCCGCUGGGGAGCCCCGACGUUUUCACCAGGAACAAUCCCGGUUUCCACGGAGCUCCCAACUCCAGCCCCAUCCACGUGAGCAGGACGCCGCUGUCGCCGCCGUCGGUGAUGCUGCACGGCUCCCCCAUCCAGUCAUCCUGCGCCAUGGCCGGCAGGACUAACAUACCUCUGUCCCCCACCCUGACCACGAAAAGCCCCGUCAUGAAAAAGCCCCUGUGUAGCUUCCCCGCGGGGAUGGAGAUCCCGCGGGCCAUGUUCCACCACAAGCCCCCCCCGCAGGGCCCGCCCCCGCCCCCCCCUCCGCCGCCGUCGUGCGCCCUGCAGAAAAAGCCAUUGCCAUCCGAGAAGGAUCCCCUCGGCAUCCUGGACCCCAUUCCCAGCAAGCCGGCGAGCCAGAACCCCGUGAUCGUGCCCCCGUCCCCGUUCCACGCGAGCGCCCACUCUCAGGUACCCGUGAUGAAUGUAAGCAUGCCCCCCGCCGUCGUGCCCCUGCCCAGCAACCUGCCCCUGCCCACCGUCAAACCCGCCCACGCCAACCACGCGCCCCACGGCCAGAGGGUCCAGCACUCCGCCUCCACCUCCCUGUCCCCGUCGCCCGUGACCUCCCCGGUGCACAUGAUGGGCCCCGGGAUGGGGAGGAUCGAGGCCUCUCCCCAAAGGUCGCGCUCUUCCUCCACGUCGUCGGAUCACGGGAAUUUCCUGCUGCCCCCGGUCGGGCCGCAGUCGGCCUGCGGCGGCAUCAAGGUCCCCCCCAGGUCCCCGAGGUCGACCAUAGGCUCGCCGAGGCCGUCCAUGCCAUCCAGCCCUUCCACCAAGCACGAUGGGCUCGGCCAGUACAAGGACAUCCCCAACCCGUUAAUCGCUGGAAUGAGCAAUGUACUGAAUCCUCCCAACAAUGCAGUUUUUCCCGCUGCAUCGGCUGGAAGCGGUUCCUUGAAGAGUCAGCCCGGUUUGCUGGGAAUGCCUUUAAACCAGAUCUUGAACCAGCACAACGCUGCCUCUUUCCCAGCCAGCAGUUUACUGUCAGCAGCAGCCAAAGCACAGCUAGCAAAUCAAAACAAACUCGCUGGUACCAACAACAGCAGCAGUAGCAACUCUGGACCUGUUGCCGGCGGCGGCAACUCCGAAGGACACAGCACUUUAAAUUCCAUGUUCCCUCCUGCUGCCAACGUGCUCCUCCCCACCACGGAAGGGCAGAGCGGCCGAGCAGCACUGAGAGACAAACUGAUGUCUCAGCAAAAGGAUCCUCUGAGGAAAAGGAAGCAGCCCCCCACCACGGUGCUGAGCCUGCUGAGACAGUCCCAGUUGGACAGUUCUGGGGUUUCCAAAGCCGGAUCCGAUUUGAUAAGAAAGCAGAGUCAAAGCUCCUUCCCCAUCAGCUCCAUGUCGCAGCUCCUGCAGUCCAUGAGCUGCCAGAGCUCCCACGUGAGCAGCAAUAGUUCCACGGGCUGUGGGAGCUCCGGCUCUGCCCUGCCCUGCUCCGGGAACCAGAUGCAUUUCCCGGAGCCUGCCCUGAGCUCGGGCGGCCUCCAGGCCCCGCUGGCGCCGGGGCUGCCCCUGCGAGGGGAAGGGCUGCACUGCCACGGCCCCAACCCUGCCUUCGGGCACGGGGCCAGCCCGGGCAGCACCAACCACCUGGCAGGGCUCAUCAGCCAGAUGCAGGCCGGCGGGAGCUGCGGGAUGCUCCCGCAGUCGGGAAUGGCUUUAGGAAACUCCUUGCACCAGAACCCACCUCAGGCGCGACUCCAGGCACCCUCGGCCCCGGGGAUCCCCAACAGCAUCGGCAGCAGCUGUAACCAGAGCAGCCCUGAAGCAGGCGGUUCGGGGCCGUCAUCGUCCAUCGCCAUCGCCGGCACCAGCCAACCUGCCAUCACCAAGACAACCUCCGUGCUGCAGGACGGUGUCAUUGUCACCACGGCAGCCGGGACCCCCCUCCAGCAGGGCCAGCUGCCCGUGGGCACCGACUUCCCCUUCUCCGGCCCCGAGGCGCCGCUGCCCUUCCCGCAGAACAGCGCCGGGAGCGGCAGCCUGCCGCCCGCCCUGCACCCCAACCUCCUCAGCUCCCUGCCUCUCUCCUUGCCCGUCAAUCAGCAGCAGCUCCUAAACCAGAACCUAUUAAAUAUCCUGCAGCCUUCAGCGGGAGAAGGCAAGUCCGAGGUCAACCUCAACCCUUUAGGUUUUCUCAACCCGAAUGUAAACGCCGCUUUAGCUUUUCUCUCCGGCGACGUGGACGGGCAGGUUCUGCAGCCCGUGCACUUCCAGCUCCUGGCAGCCCUGCUCCAGAACCAAGCCCAAGCCGCUGCCAUGCUCCCCGUGCCAUCCUUCAAUGUGACCAUCUCAGAUUUGCUGCAGCAGCAGAACCCCCCCGUGCCCUCGGUCGCACAGCCGCCGGCCCCCCCUGAGCCCCUGCCCGAUGGCUCCAGGGUGGAGACCCUCCUGUCCAACCCCAUUCCCAGCUUUCCAGGCGCCGACACGGCCUCCAACCCCCUGCUCCUGCCCGCCGGCUCGGGGCCCUCGGCGCUCAUGGCCCUGAACCCCCAGCUGGUGGGGGGUGUCCUGAACUCCGCCGGCCACCCGGAGGUUUCCAUUGCCACCUCCUCCCAGGCCACCACCACCACCACCACCACGUCCUCGGCGGUGGCAGCUCUGUCUGUCUCGGCGCUGGGCGGUGGCACGGCCGUGGUGUCCAUGGCAGAAACCUUGCUGAACAUAUCUAAUAGUGCUGGGAGUGCUCCUGGGCCAGCCAAACUCAACAGUAACUCUGUGGUGCCACAGCUCCUUAACCCUCUCCUGGGGACGGGCCUGCUUGGUGACAUGUCAUCCCUGAACACUACUCUGAACAACCAUCAGCUGAGUCAUCUCCAGUCGCUCCUGAACAACAAUCAGAUGUUUCCUCCCAAUCAGCAGCAGCAGCAGCAGCAGCAGCAGCAGCAGCAGCAGCAGCACCUUCUCCAGGGCUACCAGAACGUGCAGGGCUUUCAGGGCCAGCCCCAAAUCCCUGGCCCAGCCAACAACCCAAACCCCAUGGCCUGUCUGUUCCAGAAUUUCCAGGUGAGGAUGCAGGAGGACGCCGCGGUCCUGAACAAGCGGAUGAUCGCCCAGAUGGGAAUGGCGCCGGUUCCCGACAGCUCCAACGCGAUGCUCCCUCCCUUCCCAGAACCCUCCUGUGAGCUGCAGCCCCGGGCCGAGCCCCCCCUGGGGCAGCAGCCCAAGGAUUCCCUGCCCGUGGGUGGCCCGGGGGACCCGUCGGUGGACGCCAUCUACAAGGCGGUGGUGGACGCGGCCAGCAAGGGGAUGCAGGUGGUGAUCACCACGGCCGUGAGCAGCACCACCCAGAUGAGCCCCAUCCCCGCCCUGAGUGCCAUGAGUGCCUUCACAGCCUCCAUCGGGGACCCCCUGAACCUCUCCAGCGCCGUCAGCGCCGUCAUCCACGGCCGCGGCGUGGCCGUGCCCGAGCACGAGGGCAGGGCCAGGGGCGCCCGUGGCGCGCGCGGCCCCAAGGGCGCCGAGCACGGCAAGAACCCCGGGGAGGGCGAGGGCUACGAGUAUUACAAGGCGGCCAGCUGUAACACCCCCAAAAAACAGUGGGAAGGGGAGCAGAGCCCGGUGGGUGAGAUAAACAGGUGGAAGUGCGAGGAGUUCCUGGAGCACUCCCACCUGCACGGCAGCCCGUGCCACGAGAGGCCCAACAACGCCUCGGCGCUGCCCCUGCUGCCGGGGGAGCAGCACCAGGCCCUGCUGCCGCAGAGGAACUGCCAGAGCGAGAAGGCGCUGGAGGAGAAUUUCAGGUAUAACAAUUACAAAAGAACUAUGCUGAGCUUCAAGGACAGACUGGAGAACACUGUGGAACGCUGUGCACACAUCAACGGGAACAGGCCGCAGCAGGGCAGGGCCUUCGGGGACCUGCUGAGCGCUUCCAAACAAGACCUGGGUCUGGAAGAGCAAUCCCCGAGCUCCUCCAAUAGCUUGGAGAGCUCCUUGGUGAAAGACUACAUCCAUUACAAUGGAGAUUUUAAUGCCAAAAGCAUUAAUGGGUGUGUGCCCAGCCCCUCGGAUGCUAAAAGCAUCAGCAGCGAGGAGGACCUGAGGAACCCCGACUCGCCUUCCUCCCACGAGCUCCUCCACUACAGGCCAAGGACGUUCAACGUGGGCGACUUGGUCUGGGGCCAGAUCAAAGGACUCACUUCAUGGCCUGGGAAACUGGUGAGGGAGGAAGAAGUUCACAAUUCAUGUCAACAGAACGCUGAGGAGGGGAAGGUGGAGCCAGAGAAGCUGAAGACACUAACAGAGGGGCUGGAGGCCUACAGCCGAGCCAGGAAAAGGAACAGGAAAAGUGGAAAGCUAAAUAACCAUUUAGAAGCUGCUAUACACGAGGCCAUGAGUGAACUAGACAAAAUGUCUGGGAAUGUCCACCCAAUCCCGCAGGGAGACAGACAAGUGAAGCCUCCAAAACUCAAGAGGAGGAAGAUCUCUAGAUAACAUUGAAUGUCUUUGUUACUGGUCCAGUACUUGUGAACACUGAGUCCAUCUGUAGGUAUUGCUCUAGGCUGGUACAUCACUAUUUAUGUGGGGACAGCUCGAUGCCAGCGGGGCACACGCCGGGCAGUGGGACAAGAUUUGGGAUGAUCAGGAGGGGUAGAAGUUGCUGGAGAAGCCAAUCAGAAAUCUGGAAUGGUUGCAGUAACAAUGUCAGAUGAUUACUGAAUUUUUUUUUUUUUCUAUGAUACUAAAAAUUGUGAUUAUAAGAAAUAGUCCAAAUGUUUCUGAGAAAUUUUCCUUGUGUAUAUAGAUAAUACAGAAUUUCCUGGUGAUAUCUGAACUGUAAAUAUUGUACAAUAUUGUCAUGUACAAGCGUACCUAAUGCACACUUUAUCUUUUAUUGUACAAAAAAUAGUGUACAAAAUUCUUUGGUUUCUAUUGAGUACACAUACAAGAGACUACCAGUGUAAAGUGAUAAAUAAAAAUACAGCCUAAAUGCUUUUAUAUGAUAAUGUAAAAGAUGCUGUUUUUGUAUUUAACAGCAGAGAGAAGGCAUGAUUAUGUAAUACCUUAAUUAUGACAUCCCCUUCACGCCACUGAGUGUUCAUGGAUCCUGUCUGUUUGGAAUGAACCUUGCCUGGAAGUGCUGUACUCCACUCAGGUCCCUGCAGGAGAGUGCAGAUUCCUCAUGGGAUGUGGGAUCGCAGCUCUGAUGGAGAAUUCCAAGGCCGCAGCCAUCGGUUGCUUUUGGUUUCCGUAGCUUUUCCAGUAGGAUGCUGUAGGUUGGACUGAAGAGGACAAAGGAACAGUAGGAGGCCUGUUUUAGUCAAGCAGUUCUGUAGGUGAGGUUUCAGAGCCCCCUGAGGAACUAACCAGUCGAUACCCCCCCCCCCGUAACAUUGACCCCUGGAUUAAUUAGCCGAGAUUGUCUAACUUCAUUAACCCUGCAGGGGGGCAGAGGCCCUGCUUUGAGAAGGGAUCAGUGUUGGUUCCAGUUGGUUUGGCAGUAGAAUGGAAGGGCAAUGCUCUGGAAAAGGUAAUCCCGCUAUCCAUCCCUCGGUAUUGAAACACAAAAAGGAGUUAAGGGUGGCUUACAAAACUUAUUAGCAGCAGUGAUUUUUAUCAGUAUUAUGUAACAUAUCAGAUUUAUUUUAUUUAAAAAGAAUUAUUUAUACCAUUAACAGAUUCUUAUAUAUAUUAAUGUGGCUGAAAUGCGCAGGUUAAAUCUAUUAACCAAAUUAUUUAUGUUAUAUUAAGUGAGAAAUGUGAAACAUAUGUAGAAAAAAGAAGAAAUUAAUACACUACAGAUUUAAAAGUCUAAAGCUAUGAGCCAUUAUAAACUUAACCAACGGGAGUGUAGCACAACAUUCUUUCCAUUGGAUUUCAUUUUUCUUUUUCCCCACGGACGGUGGGGAUGGCGAGGGGAGCCGUGGCAUCCUCAAGGCUUCCUGGGAUAGUUCUGCUCACCAUUCCCAGUCCCGGGCUGGAGUCCUUCAUCCGGGAUCACCACUUACCUCAGAUUCCUUCCCCCCGCAUUCCCGGUGUCGCUCUCUAGCGAGGACUGGCAGCGAUCAGCUCCCUGGGCUCUCCAGGGUGCCAGGAUCCCAACUCCUUGCUCCUGUCCCAGGUCCCACGGUGCGUGUCCGAAGGAAUGACCCCGAGGAUGACGAUUCCCUGGGCUGGGCUCCCGCGUUCCCGGGCACGCAGCACCUACCUCUGGGCUCCUCCGGGCUCGUCCCCUCCGGCCCGGGUGGGACCCCACGGCUCCGUGGGGCAGCUCCAUGGCCCUGCUCCGCUGGGUUCCCAUUCCCGCUGUUUUGGGGUGCAGUGGCUCCCGUUUUUCCGUCCCACGUCGCUCCGGUCGCCGGUGUCCCUCGGGCGUGUCCGUGGCUCCCCGAGCCCCCGCUGCCUCCCAUCCCACCCCAUCCCAGAGCUGUGUCCAAGCUCCUGGGAGCGUUUAGGUGUUGUACUUCCCGGUGUUUCCGUGGCCCCGCUUCCUUCCCUCGGUGGAUGACGGCACUGCUGGGGGGGCAGGAGUAGUUUGCUUUCAGUCCAGACCGAUUUUUUUCUCCUCUCUUGCCGAGUUUUCCUGGUUUCGUGUAAGCAGUUCCUGUAAAUAUUGUGAGCGUUACAGGUCGUGCAGUGUUGUAACAUUUUCAAAAAAUGUUGCACCGACUUUACAAUUAAAAAAACUGGUCACUCAUACUUGAA